UCAGUUCUGCCUCAGGUUCAAUACACGUCACACUAUCCAUGUCACACACACACACACACACACACACACACAGCAGUUCCUUAUCUACACACGCACCAUCCACCAACGCAUUGAACCAAUUGUCAUACCUGCUUUACACUGCAUUAAGUGCUAAGCCUGACAUAUACCUCUCUCUCUCUCUCUCUCUCUCUCUCUCUCUCUCUCUGCGUAGAGUUACAAGUUUUGGUCAGAAGUCUAGUUGUGAUUAUUACGAAAUUGCAAGAAAACUAGUGUUAAAAUAGAGAAAUAUAAAAAGACGUUAUAUUUUAAGCAUGAAUCACGGUACGGCAGUGAAAACAGGGGCAGUCUUUGGUGUGUAUAUGACUGUCUCAAUCUUUUUUGUAUACAUGGAUAUGAAAAAGCCUUGCGCACCGAUAAAGAGAACCAAUGAAAGCCAGCGGAACACAAAAUCUCUGGAAGUGACUUGGGCAGAGAGUGGAGAGAAGGUAGUGUACAGCAGGACUAACAAAUGGCAUGUUUUCAAUAAAUAUACAGAGAUAGUGCACGUACCCAAAAAUAUCGACAAUACUGAAGAAGAAGAGGAAGGAAGAGAAGUGCAAUACGAUUAUUUUCGAAGUGAACGAGUGAAAAGAAUCGAGAUCAAACCGUACAUUGAAAUAUUGAAAGACAGAUUCAGCAAAAUGAAGAAAUUUUCCGCAGAGGAUGAUUUUUUUAUCCCCUCCAAAAAGAUGUUGAGAAAACGAGUCCAUCUCAACCAGAGCAACGCUUACGAUGAGCUUAUUCACCUGAUAACACUGUCAGCAUCACAGACAGUCUCCAGGGAAAUAUUCUCUUCACUGUCACAUAUUUUUCUUCUCACAAAUUUUAAUAAGGUUUCUAUAUCAAACCCAACAGUUUCUUUCCCUUUACAUUUUUCAUCUACCACCGCCUCUUCCAUUUAUGAGUGUUUGUUCGUCUCUCAUUCCUCAUCCACCUUGUGUAAAAAGAAAACAAAGUACUGUGUCGAGCCUAUUGCCUUGAAAUAUAACUUGCAGAUUUCAGACAUACAAACAGAAGGUCCCAGUCACCUAAAUGUAAAUAAAGCUAAUUUUAAUGAAUAUCCCUUGAUCGGUAACUGUCAAGAGGUAAUCCAGCGACAGGGUGGAAGGUUAGGCGAGAAGUCGGGAGGAGUGAUAGAAAACGUAAGAAAAGACAGACACACGGACGUUUGUAUUGAGAACUUGAAAACACCGAUGAAAACCAAGAAGAUAAUUGAUGAAAGAAAGAAUAUCAAAGACAUCCGCAUUUCUCUCACCGUUGACGCACGCUCCAGUUUCCUUCAAGAUGUCAAUGGUCAGCACUUCCCCCGCAGCCUAGUUCUUGACCUUCUGUUUGACCUCGCGGGCCUCAACUCCCUCCACAAGCAUGACAUCAUUGCCAGCCUCGUCCAGGUUAUGCAGCAGCGGGUGGCAGCACGUGGAUACCAGCUGGUGGCCUCCUCUGCCAAGGGAGGUGACUUGCUGCAGUACCUCCACCAGGAAGGUCUCCCGCCUCCUCUCCUCGUACACACCUUCUGGCGGCGCCCUCCCUGGGCCUGCAGCUACGGAUUACCGUAGUAUGUCCUUUGGUCAAUACGGUUUCCCUUCAUCAAUUUUGAAAGCAAAAAAAUGUAUACAUGUACACUAAUUUAUGAAAUACAAUAAUCUUACUCUCCUUUUGCCAUUUUGCAUCUAGCAGCAAUUUAGCUUCGUAUUAUAGAUAGGUGUUUAUAUUCUACCCAGUGGAGAAAUAUGCGUGUAUUUUCGCUCGUUAGUUGAUCUGAGAAUACGUAGGUCCCAAAAUAAAGUCACGUAUCUCUCUCUCUCUGAAACUGGGAAACUACAAUCCUCAUCUUUCAGACAUACAGCAAUGAUUGGUUUGCUAUUUCCUGGCAGCCUUUGAAGCACAUAAUUAGCUCAUGCGUCUGAAUAUUGUUAAUUAGGGGAAAUGAAGCACAAUAUUAAUGAUCUGGUGGAGCUUUAUAAUUAUAAGAUUGCAAAAUUAUGUGAACUUAUAUCUUUGACCAUUUGGCAAUUAAUUUCCUGCAAAAUCUUCACAUUACCAUUUUCAGAGAGAGAGAGAGAGAUUGUUAUAUGCUAUUUUUGCAUUUAAUAUAACAAGUCUCCACGCACGUCAAGGUGAAGGGAAACAUCCUGCUGAUAAUGAUUAUAUGAUAAAUGUGGUUUCCUACCCAGUGCCUUUGAACAUAGUAUAACCCAAACGAAAUUCACACAAAUAAUCAGGAAAGCCUUCGACAAAACCCAAUAGCAAUGAUUUCUUUUAUUUGGUGUCAUGUUUACAAAUAUACAUUCACAAAAGAUCAUAAGUUAUUUUGUAUAUGUACAAAACUUUACAUUUAAUAAACACUAUUGAAAUUCACUAUAGCAAUCAUUUCUGAAAGUUCUCUCAUACCCAGCGUUACUUAAUUUCAUAUAGACUAAGAAAAUAAAUUAACAUUGGGAUAAUGUAUCUCUAUGGACUUUUAUUCAACCUCAGAAACCAAGUCUGUACACAUUUGGGUGUGGGUGGGGGGGGGGUAGGGAAAGAUUUCCAUAUAAACUUCAGGAAAAUGUCACUUUAUCGACCAGCUGUCAUUCUUGAAGAAAACAAAUACAAAUGAAUGCUUUGGCUAUGUGUCUUAAUAAGGCUAUAUGGAGGAUUGGAAUGAACAGGUGUGAGGAACUAAACACACACACCAAGAGCCUGGUAAGCAAGAAGUUCUAAAUGUCUCAACAUUCUGAAAAAAAAAAGAAAAAAAAUAUUGGAUACUGCAAAAAU